UAACGAUACGUUUAAGAAUAAUAAAGUUCUCAAAAUAAAGUUGUCGCGAUGGUCUCUUAAUUUCCGCGAUGAGGAGUAGAUUGGUGAAACGUCUGUCGAUCCGAUGGUUUCUGACCUUCCUCGCAAUCGCCUUGGUGACAACGCUCGCCGGUCGAAUGGCGAUGGACGCGUUUGAUGUCGGCGUCGUCCUCGACGACCUGUGGCCUGGGCAGCCCUCGACCUACGUCCAACGGCACGCCGGACACCACAGAUGUAGCCUUGACCAGAUGCUGGAAGGACAAUGGCUGGUCGGGAGCUACACUCCACUGGAAAUGGAGGAAGUGGAGGCGUUCAUACGACGCACUCGGGAUUAUCACAGCCUGCCGGCGACAUUACAACGGGACGAUAACAAAUGUGGUAGGUGAUGUAUAAAAAUAUGGUCGAUUAAAUAAUGAAUGUUGUUGGUGAUAUAAAUGUUUAUAUAUAUAUUUAUAUAUAUAUAUAUGGUAGGUAAUACAAAUAAAUAUAGUGGGUGAUAUAUAAAUGUGGUAAUGAUGUAUAAAUGUGGUAGGUGACAUGUAUAUAAAUGUGGUAUGUGGUUUAGAUAUGUGGUAGAUAUAUAAACGUGGUAGCUGAUAAAUAAAUGUGUAGAAAAUAUUUUAAAAAAAUAGAAUAUCUUUCUACCCUUCUUCACAUACAGUCUUUGCAAAGUGAAUUUUAAGAAAAAUAUUUUCUUCUUUUUAGUUCGCUUCAACUCGUCUUCUUUAAACAAAAAAAAAAAAACGUCAUUUUAAAAAGUUUUUAAAAUAUAUUAUUUUUAAAUCAAGUCUUCAGAAAAUCAAUUGGACACCUUUUUGAAUGUGGCCAAUCAAUGAUGCAGAUUUAUUGUUUAUUUGUUUUAGAUUAAUCCACCUGGACAAAGGGCCAGAAACAAGUACUGAACACCAUCAACAUUUUGCAAUUUCGUUAAACAUUCAAAUUAUUAGGAACAGCUAAAUCAGUAGGAACAAUGCAGGCAUUCGCCCCCAUGGGGAAUUUUUUUCUUUCAAAGAUGGCGUGUGAACGAUGGACUGAAUGGAGCCGUUGCCUUUUGUCAAAUGUUAGGCUUCCAAGUGUUAUGGGUCUUGAAUUAAAAGGGGUUGGUGGGUGGGGGGGGGGGUUGUACCUUAACUUCUCGUCAUUGUCAACAGAGCAAACUUUGUGUAGUCUUGUCACGGUUCAUAGGAUCUAAGGACUAGUAGUGGGCGCAUUGUGGUACGAAUUCAGUGGCCUAGGAAGAGGGUUGCGGCCCACCACCGGCAACAAUAUUAUUUUUCUUAAUAUACGAUUGGGUACCAUUUUUGACGCAAAAUAUACAUAAAGCAUAAUUUAAUGUUACGUAUUGCUAUCAAUAGCUACUCAUUAUUGUUAGAUAUUGGAACUCUGACUGGGUACAUUCUACACAAUGUGUUAAGUUGUUUUUUUGUUAGAUAUUGGAACUCUGACUGGCUACAUUCUCACAGUUUGUUACUGUAAGUUUGUUUAAAAUUCUGACCCAGUUAAAUUAUUAGGUCGGAAAAAAGGGUAAAGAUAAAAAAAAAAACUCUCAACCAGUGAAAAGUUAUCAAAAGACGAAAUUUGAGAGUUGUUUUCUCUUGAUGACGCGGAAUGACUUAGAAUAAAAAAAAAGAGCUAAAGGCUUGCCUAUGCGACAGCUGGAAUAAGUUAGGCCUACAUUAAAUAAACAAUUGCUUUAGAAUUCCUCUGAGGGUUGAAGUUAGGACCCAUGAGAAGUUAUGACCGAGGAGAAGUUAUGACCCAGGAGAAGUUAGGACCCAGGAGAAGUUAGGACCCAUGAGAAGUUAGGACCCAGGAGAAGUUAGGACCCAGGAGAAGUUAGGACCCAGAAGAAGUUAGGACCCAGAAGAAGUUAGGACCCAGGAGAAGUUAGGAGCCAGGAGAAGUUAGGACCAGGAAGAAGUUAGGACCCAUGACAAGUUAGGACUCAUGAGAAGUUAUGACCCAGCAUAAUUUAUGACCCAAGAAAAGUUAGGACCCAGGAGAAGUUAGGACCUAGGAGAAGUUAGGACCCAGAAGAAGUUAGGACCCAGGAGAAGUUAGGACCCAUGAGAAGUUAGGAGCUAGGAGAAGCUAGGACCCAAGAGAAGUUAGGACCCAGGAGAAGUUAGGACCCAGGAGAAGUUAGGACCAGGAAGAAGUUAGGACCCAUGAGAAGUUAGGACCCAGGAGAAUUUAGGACCCAGGAGAAGUUAGGACCCAGGAGAAGUUAGCACCCAGGGGACGUUAGGACCCAGGAGGAGCAUCAAUUUAAUCAAAUUAACUUUAACCCGCGAGUGUAUGCAGAUGACUUUAAAUACAGUUUAUCAUUGGUCUAGGUUCACUAAAUCUCUAUAAUAUCUUAAAUAUAAUGUCAAUGACUUGCUUUGAUGUCGCCCCCUGAGAGCUGUGACACAAAAGAAAUGGCUUCGUUCGGUCUUACAGUAAAACCACCCUUGCUAUCAUGACUUUGAACAUUAUCAUGUGUUUGAACUCUAUCGUUGUCUUGGUAUGAUCCACAGUCGGAUUAAGGGGUUUAAGUCACCGGGCACAGUCACCAUAGAGACGGGCACAGUCACCAUAGAGACGGGCACAGUCACCAUAGAGACGGGCACAGCCACCAUAGAGACGGGCACAGUCACCAUAGAGACGGGCACAGCCACCAUAGAGACGGGCACAGUCACCAUAGAGACGGGCACAGUCACCAUAGAGACGGGCACAGUCACCAUAGAGACGGGCACAGUCACCAUAGAGACGGGCACAGUCACCAUAGAGACGCUUAGCUGUAUAGUCAUUGUCAAAUGCUAGUGAUUGUAGUAAGCCCGGGCAGGGGAGGAAUUCCUGGCCCCCCCCCACCGUGGGCUCCACACCCCUCAAACACCUGCCCUUAACUUACUUCUCCACCCCCCCUGAUCCGCUACGCCACAGGGUACAAUUUUGUGAACUACCUUGAAAAGGGAUAAAAAUCUGUUUUAGUUUAGCUAGGAUACAAAAUUUUAAUUAUUUAAAUUUCAAAGACAAAUUCUGUACUUUUUUUUGUUAUCUGCAAGCAUAAAACUAGUAUUUCCAAAAUCUUAAAAUUAAAAUUCUAAGAAAUUCUCCUUCAUUUCAACAACUAGGUACUGGAAGUUCUUAGGAAAUGACUCGGUUUCACCUUACGAUAUGAAAUACAAUAUUUAUGAAGAAUUUUAUCAAAUUUGCAGGAAAGACAAAUUAUUCAGAUUUAGGAUCACCUUGGGUUAGGAAAUCACCAUCCAUCCACAUAUCCCCCUUGUGGCGCUACAAUCCUUUGGCCUGCUUCAUUUAGACGUAAUUGAUACUUUUCUUUUUCAUGCUUGGCUUCCCAGCUGCUGUAGAUCUGUUCCCAGAUCAUUCAUACGUCUAAGUCAGGGGUCUCCAAACUUUUCAGCCCGAGGGCCGCAUUAACUAUCAAACAGCAGUUCGGGGGCCGCAUACACACUCGAGGUCCAAAUAAAAAAGAAUCAAAACACGGAUAUUGUUUCUAAUUAAUUAUAUAUUUUUAUUUCAUUCAGUUAUUGUUUAAUAACACAUUGAUACACGACACAUGAACACCGUAUUAGUAUUAGUAUGAAUGGUGAAAUUGUUUCCUGGAUGCCAAAAUAGCAGUGAUCAGCAGACAUUUCUGGAUUUAGAUUUGAUGUCCCUGGCAUCAACAGUGACCUGAGAUGAUCAUCGGACAAAUAUGUUCUCCAAUUGUUCUUCACUUAUUUUUUUCUUGAGAAUGUUUGUUCACACAGGCAUGUUGUUCACACAGGCAUGUUGUUCACACAGGUCUGUUGUUCACACAGGUCUGUUGUUCACACAGGUCUGUUGUUCACACAGGUCUGUUGUUCACACAGGUCUGUUGUUCACACAGGUCUGUUGUUCACACAGGUCUGUUGUUCACACAGGUCUGUUGUUCACACAGGUCUGUUGUUCACACAGGUCUGUUGUUCACACAGGUCUGUUGUUCACACAGGUCUGUUGUUCACACAGGUCUGUUGUUCACACAGGUAUGUUGUUCACACAGGUAUGUUGUUCACACAGGUCUGUUGUUCACACAGGUCUGUUGUUCACACAGGUCUGUUGUUCACACAGGUAUGUUGUUCACACAGGUCUGUUGUUCACACAGGUCUGUUGUUCACACAGGUAUGUUGUUCACACAGGUCUGUUGUUCACACAGGUCUGUUGUUCACACAGGUAUGUUGUUCACACAGGUAUGUUGUUCACACAGGCAUGUUGUUCACACAGGCAUGUUGUUCACACAGGCAUGUUGUUCACACAGGCAUGUUGUUCACACAGGCAUGUUGUUCACACAGGUCUGUUGUUCACACAGGUCUGUUGUUCACACAGGUCUGUUGUUGUUGUUUCAAAGAUUGAAAGGUACAUUGAUGCAAAUGUUUUGAAAUUAGGAAAGUCUUCCUUGGGCCAAAACUAGUUAAAAACCCACCGGUCAUUCUUUUAACUUGUCCCUAAGGAGGUCAUUUGCUUGCAACUCAAUGACUUCCGGGUGCAGUUCAUCUGGCGACUGGCCACAUCUGCUUCAAAUGGGUUUUGAAAAAGGCUCACUUCUUCUGCCUUUGAAUCCAAGCCAGAAAACCGCUGCUGACACUGCAGCUGGGGCUCUUUGAUGAUCUCGCAUACAAAUGACGUGGGGAACUCCGCUUUUGAUUCAGCCAUGAAGACCGUCCACUGCUGAAAGUGUUUCAAGUUGUUGGCCUAUGUACUUGUUCCAAAAACCAAGACGAAUUUGGAUCUGAAGGCCUUUAGAAAGGUGUAUAGAUCAGAAACUAGAUUUUCCUCUCCUUGCAGUUUAAGGUUCUGAAAAUUUAAAUGACUAGUUAUGUCUACAGCAAAGACCAAUUUCCAUACCCACUCUUCAUCAGACAGCUUGCCUUUACUUUUCAGGAAGUGACCUUUUUCCUUUCUUAACGUAAAUACUCUGCUCAGAACAUUCUCACAACUUAGCCAUCUUACUGCAGUUUAAUAUGGUAAAUCUUGCGAUUCUGUGUCUGUAUCUUUUAACAUGUCUUUGAACUGUUUAUGGUUGAGCACAUGUGACCAAAUUAAAUUAACUCUCUUUACCACAGGAUUUAGUACGCUGCUAAUGUCCACAUAUUUUUCACACAAAGCUUUCUGCUGAAUAAUACAGUAAAGGAACACUGGUUGCAGAAUUUUGUCUCAUCACACAUCUGCUUCACUUGUGCAACCAAGCUUUUCUUUAUGCCACUAAUGUUCUUUUCUCCACCAACAGUCAGGCAACUGUGGUUAGUCCAGUCCCAGUUAUAAUCAGCAAAUGUUGUUUUUUUUCCAACUCAUUGAAUAUAUCCUCUCCGGUAACAGUGUCGUACAUGCUAUGUAGGGAAGCCAGCUCUUGUGUUAUGUUCAUGUCUUCAUCCACACCUCUAACGAACACAGCCAGUUGAGAGAUGGAACAGCUGUCCAGCGACUCAUCCAUUGCAAUUAAAAAUUGGCGAAACUUGCUUGCAUUUUAGAGUCACAAUGUUUUCACCCAUGUCUGCAAAGCUCCACAAAUAUAUAUGGCGUUAUAACAUCUCAUUGACUGUGAACGGAAGUAGAAAAACUAAGCAGCGUCCAAGGUUUUGUCAAGUCAUGAUCCGUUAGAAAACAUAACGCACUACUGCGCGCCUCUAUUUUAAUUCGGCAAAAACAUAACGUCCACGUUAGCGGCGUCUGAUCUUGGCAGAAUACACGUAAAUUUCCGUAUUUUUUACGUAGACAAAAAGGUCUCCGCGGGCCGCAUGAGAUGGCCUCGCGGGCCGUAGUUUGGAGACCCCUGAUCUAAGCCUAGGCAUACCGUUAUCCUCUGGGGCUUUGGUGGUGCACCCUCUUCACUCCUCUGUCAAUGGCAGUCUUUCUAAGUGUCCCACCCCCAGCACAGCUUGACCUUUUUCUAUUUCUGCAACCAGCGAUGGAUCCUGAUAUAGACUUUACAAUUCCUGGUUGGUUCGUAUUCUCCAUCCAUAUCAUAACUGUAUGCAAAUUGAUGCAUCAUGUUUCAAUACAUAUACGGAUUUUCCAAAUCCAUUUAUUCUGAAAUGCAAUUAUUUAAGAUGGUGAAACAGCUUUAUUGUAUGCAGAUAAUGUUGAUAAUAUUGUGGAGACUCUGGAAAAGCUUUUUUGAACGGAAUUAAUAUUUAGAACACUUUAGGGAAAAACUGGGGAAACGAUAAAAAGCACAGUUUUACUUGUUUGCUAAGAUGGUGUUUCCUAUUUUCCAAACUGAUAAAUUCCAAAUACAUUUCAUUGUCAUUAUAUCAUUUUAAAAAAGUGAUAUCAUCAUUAUAUUAUUUUGAAAAAUGACAUUGACAGUAUGGUGUAUCUAACUGUACCGAUGCAUUUUAUGGUCCCUAUUCACAUCGUUAUAAUUAAUCUCCAGGAAACGUAAACUUCCCCGAUCACCAAUGGCACAGAGCAGUAUGCAAUCCUAAAGGCGCCACCCCGUGCUGCAUGGACAAUGUUUGUGUGAAUAAAACUGUACAGGAAUGUGUCUGCCCGGAAUGUUAUGACAUGAGACAAUCGGUUCACGCUGAGUUUGCCACCUGGAUACCUGAAAAUUCUACAUGCAAGGUGAGUAGCGUCUUUCGGUUUCAUAAUAGAAUUCGCUGUUCAAUUAUUUAAAUUAUUCCAUCAGAAACACAUAUUUUCCCCCCAGAUGAAUCUAAAUUUUACCCCAUCGAAGUUCAUGAUUAUGGGAAUAACUAUUUUGCUUAAAAGAGGCAAAACGGAUUCGAUCGCCACAUUCAAUCUAUUCUUAUUUCCUAUUUUAUAAUCAAUUUUUAGACUGCCUUUGUCUGUUUUCAAUAAUUGGUAUUGCUCUUUACCAACAGAUGCAAGAACCGUCACAGGAGUCAAGAAUCAUUUUACACCUAUCGAAGAAAUUCGAUAUACACUUGUCUGAAAUAUUAUUCAUUAACCCUUUAUGUUCCAUAAUUGACACCUUUUGCUAGACCCAGUGCUUGUAAAAUUAACGUUUGCAAAAUUGAUACAAAUUUUCACUAAUUUUGUUUGUAAUUAAAUGUCCAAACUAUGCUUUCUACUAUAGUAUCACUGUCCACUUCCACAACUUUAAGCUUGAACAGUUCAAGACAGAGGAGGACGCGUGUCGCGUACUUCAGAACAAGACCGUCUACUUCAUCGGGGACUCCUUCAUGCGUCAGCUGUACACAUCUCUGCUCGCCGUACUGCGGGAUAAAAAACCUCGACAUGUCCUCAGGCAUGACGUAUCAGAAGGUAACAAUCUGGAAUAGGAAGGGAAAAUAAAAUUACAGCGGAAAUGCUCCUAAAUGCGAUAAUUUGGCGGGGGGGGGGGGGGGUCCAUAAAAUGGGAUCAGGUUAAAAUCGGGUUCGCAUUAAUUUGGGGGAAUUACGAUAAUUUGAUGCGAUCUGCCUCCCUGUCACUACAAAUGUGUCACAAAGUGGCGCCGUCUACCCACUUACGCAUACCAUGUAGUCUCGCCGGACUCCGAGUAAAUGGCGCUAGGAUAUUUUUGUUACAGCCGAUAAAAGGGAUAUUAUUCAGCCUACUCUGAAAUGGUUGCGCCUAGUAACGUUGCAUAGCCCCAGAGGCGUUAUAGCUAUGGGGUGGCGAUGGGGGGGGGAGAGGGGAGGCUGACUAGUUAUUGGCGCCAAAUGUUGCUUUGAUAUUGUUUUAUUGAUGAGAAUACUGGGUUUGAGAGUUGCAAAAAAAAAAAAAAAAAAAAAAAAAAAAAAGGUUCUUUAAAAUGAAUCUUGUCCCCGGGCGCCAAACACUCUAGCUACGCCUCUGCAUGAGCCAAGUCAAUUCACGCUGUCAGCUUUCGUUUCUUGGAUGUUGAAUGACUUCGUUUUUCAGGAACCACGUCACGAUUACACUAGAUCUAAAUUAAAUUAAUACAUGGUCUCUUACCAAAAGUUUCAGUCUGGUUAUGUUUUAAAUGCUUUUUUUGAUUCAGCUUUUAUUUGCUUUUUUAAAAUAUGCAAAUGAAUAUGCGAAAUUUUUUUGGAGCCAUGCCCAGAAAGCGGUACAUCUGAAUAUGCGUUAUUUAUUGCAGGGUUCCCACUGGAUUCGGUAAACAAGAAAUGGUUUGAUAUUAACGAAUACAUUUGUAUCAUCGACACAUUCUGUUAUAUUUAUUCGAAAUAACCAGAGCGAACGUAUACUUUUAAAAUUUUUUUAUUAUUAUUUUUAGGGCAGAACGGAUAUGUUAAUGAUAUGGUUUGCUAGCAUUAAAAUACGGAUUUCACAACUGUUUAUCCCCACAAAAACCUCCCUUUUUUUUUGGGGGGGGACACAAAAUUGAAGACCCCGUCACACAUAGCCAGUGGUGCAGAAAUGGUUGGGGGGUGGGGUGGGGCGGUCCGCCCUGAGUGGCUUUUUUUUCUUCCUUCUUUUAAUAGAGUGGUGGCAUUUUCGACUAAAUGCAUAGUUUUUUUGUUGUUGAAAAGGGAGGGGGGGGUCGGCGAAAUGUUUGGUUUAUCCCGGGUAGUCCCAACCCUAGCUGCGCCACUGCCUUCGGCUGACCCGGUGAGUGUGAAGUUGACUUCUCCACUUGUCACUUGACUCGUCACAAACGCUGGGUUGUCGUCAUUAACAAAACAUCGAUUGCUCUGCACGCAUCGAAUUAAAACCUGGACAUUUGUAAAUGGGGAGCGCUGACUCUGUAAAUGGGGACCGCUGACUUCAACUGCGCGGUCAUAACUCGGAAGAGUGAUGAUUGGCUACGAGGGUUUAGAGCUACUAAGAGGCUGAAAAGCCUGGUUCAGUUAAGGGUCACACGCGCAACUUCUACAUUUGACAUAAAACGUGCAACAAGUUCCCCGAAGGUCGCGGUGGGGUCGAAUUAAAUAUUUCAGUGGGUUCCCGCCCCUGUUUUAAGUGUUACAAACUAAAAGUUUGUUUACAUUGUUUACCAGCAUAAAAGAUUGACUUAAUCCACAUAGCACACACAAUUGUUAUUUACAAUUUCUAUGGUGUAGGCAUUGAAACAGAUAUGCUUAAAUUUAUAUAUUUAGUUAAUUUAUUUUUUAAAAUAGCAUUUUUUUUUAAAAAGUGUGUGGUGUGCAUUUUCAACGUAAUUUAUUAGUGAGUUUCUUGGCAGAUGUUGACAGUUGUUGACAAAGAGAGGGAGGUGGUCCAAAAUCGUUAAAAAUGAUGAUUUACAUAGCUCGUGCACGCCCCAAUCCUCGUGUCAGAUUGUCAGCACGCAAGCGUAAUAAUGACACCAGGAACAGGUGGUCGCGGUAAACGUCAGCCCCACUCGACUGCACCGAGACCCCAAAAUACAGGACGCGUACCGAGAAGUCUGGCUUCUCUAUUCGUUAUACUGUUUCCUGUCUACGAGGCGUAGCGCUCAAGUUCCGAGACAAUGGAGACGGGGGUGUUGAAAAGAAGAGGGUCGAAGCUGUCAAAGGUUUGAAGCGGCAAUUCAACACAAGCUUCACUUAUUCCUACGCCGGACCUGGGGACACGAAACUUCGUCUACACAAUGGAUAUGAAAAUCAAGUUUCUCAUUUGGUAGUUAGUCCUCAGCGUGUGUCAGGGGACUCUUAUCUGGUAUCUUUUACGUCGUACCAUUGAUUUCAGUGAGGUAGCUAGGGUCGGUGUCACCCGGUGCGGUAAACUGAUUUCUUUUUGUUAAAAUAAGUCCACAGUAUAACAAUGACAAGAACAAAACGACAUAAAUUGAAGGUCAUGGGGUCAAUGUAUUCAAAAACUGUAACAUCGUUAAGUAAUAGUUAUUUCUACGUUUAAAUUUGCUUUAUUUAAAAUUUUCCUUUCCUGGUCUUCAAAGCUGCAAACCUGUCAAUCAUUGAUUUCAAUCCAGAUCAGAAAGCCUUGACUGUCCCAUGGAGGAUCAUAAUAGUUCUUGAUAAGCUUUAGUUUUGAAAAGCUCCGCUCACAUGAAGCCACAGAAACACAGAUCAUAAUAAACAAUUAAGGCUUAGCGAGAGUAUUGGAAGAGAUUCUAGGAAGUCCCAUUCAGCUAUGAAUUUUAAAUCAUCAAAUACUGACCAGUCCACGACUUUGUGAAAUCAAUAUCAACUGCCUUUAGGUGUCUUCUAAGCGUUGGUAUUUUUUUUUUAAAGUUCGUCUUCUGAUAUCAUAGAAAGAGGUUAAUUUUGGAACUGGCACUAAUAACGCUUCUUCACUUGCUAAUAGUAAACUCUUGGGUUGAACUGCCCCAAAACACAUAUCUGAUACUUCCUUGAUCGCUGAUGAUCUGAUCUUAAUUCAGAAUGAAAGCGAUUAAUACACUCCAGCAUCUCCGUAAUGUUUUCUUCUCGCAGAGAGAGUCCAGCAUCUAUGAAUUGUUCUUCCGCCAUUCUUAAGCACGAAUCUUCUCUCUACCGAAUUUCCAUAUUGGUCUCAUUUUAUAAGUGCGUCAUCAACAGCAUGUUCCACCAAGUAACAGCGCUUCUCGUGCAGAAUCAAUCUUAAGGCCGCUAGGCUGAUCACCACUUUGUCAAGGGUAAAGCCUUUAGCCUGCGGAUGCUGCUGUGUAACAUUAACUUCCUCAAGCAGAUCAACUAAAAGGUAAAGAUGGCGGAUAAACGUGAAAUCACAGAGAUCAUGUAAAAGACCUUGUGCUGUGUGACAAUCGUGCUCAAAUGUUAAGGGGCGGUGCUAGUGACCAAUCGUGCUCAAAUGUUAAGGGGCGGUGCUAGUGACCAAUCGUGCUCAAAUGUUAAGGGGCGGUGCUAGUGACCAAUCGUGCUCAAAUGUUAAGGGGCGGUGCUAGUGACCAAUCGUGCUCAAAUGUUAAGGGGCGGUGCUAGUGACCAAUCGGCGAUAAUAUUUUUUUUAAACGUAUUUCUUGGGUUCAAUUUAUUUGGUUUCAAAAAAAUAAAAACAAUAAAAAUUAAAUACAUUUAAAUAAUUACAAAAGUUAUUAGAAACUUUUGUAACACUAUUAAAUGGGUAGCAAUUCAUUUUUUAAUGUUUUUUUUAAAAUUUUUGCUGAUUUGAUUCAUGAACUUAGAAUCGCCCAAACACAUCGUAUUUUGGUAUCAAUGGAAUGAAAAGGUUUUUUUUUAUUUCUCAGAAUUUAGAUAAUUUUACCUUCCUGCCACUUACAAAAAAGUAAGCGAACACUUCAAUCGGCGUUGAAACGGUGUUUUUCCGACCUAAUGAUAGGAUCCCCUCAUUUGUGACGGAUCAACCUUGAACUUUGAAUAAAGCACGCAUUUGGAUUGGUUACAUGUGAGGAAAAUGUACGUGUGAUCGGUUAUCUUUUUAAGAAAUUCUGAUAGAUGGAGCGGUGUGUGUACUCUGCAAAUAUGGAUGUUUUCAAUUUGGAGUCAACCCUGAGAUGGUUUCACCUGGUGCGGCCCCCCCCCCCGCACCCCCUAGGUACGCCACUGAUUUAUUUUUUAUCCUUCCAAAUAAUCUUCCUAUUUCAGUCUACAAAAGCUACUGGGAAACAAAAACUUAUCAAGGGGAACAAAGAAGACAAUAUACACCACCAUCAUAAGACCUGUAGUAACGUACGCUAGUGAGACCUGGACCCUCACCAGAAAAGCAGAGAACCUGCUCAACACAUGGGAGAGGAAAAUCCUGCGCAAAAUAUACGGACCAGUGUUAGAAAAUGAUACCUGGAGAAUACGUACAAACCAAGAACUUUACGAUUUGUACAAAGAACCACCCAUAGUCACAAUGAUAAAAAAAGGCAGAAUACGCUGGGCAGGUCAUGUUGAAAGGAUGCCGGAAUGCAGAGCAGCCAAAAUCAUAUACAGGCAGAAGCCUAGGGGCAGACGACUCAUCGGUCGCCCAAGGAUGAGGUGGAUUGAUGAUGUGGAGACAGAUUUACACCAGUUGGGGGUUCGAGCAUGGAGACGGAAAGCCGUGGAUCGCUCCGAAUGGAAGGAUGUGGUGGAGCAGGCCAGGGCCCUACAUGGGCUGUAGUGCCAUAGAUGAUGAUGAAUAAUCUUUUCUGGCGUAUAACAACCAUCAAAAGAUAAAUCGGCUACAGACAUAAGCAAAAAGAAACAAGUGCGUUCCGAGAAAAAGCCAAGACUCUUGUUUCAAAUUACAAUUCACACUCAGGGUUAUUCGUACCGUAAAAUUAAUUAUUUGACGAAAGUCUUGUAACAGACUCAUUUUAAGGAACAGCCACUAACUCAAACAAGGAUUGUCAAGACUGAAAAAAAAUUAUGAAGGGGGAAAAAGAGCAAGUUUCCAUUUAUUUGGAUCAAUAAAGUAUCUAAUAAUAUCUUAGCUUAAUAUUAUUUUAUAUUAAUAUUCCCGCACUUUUUGUUUGAAAAAGAAAGGAAUUCGGUCAAUAUUAAUUGAUCUUACAAUUUUAUGGGUCGCAUCAAAACGCAAUUGUUAUAAGAAAAUUUUUAGUGGUAUUUAAGUACCAUGAAAUAAGCCAUGUUUUUUCUCCCCCCAACUACAACAAUAUUUUUCAUAGACAUGUAUUGUGUGAAGAGAUGUGACGAGUUUUGAAUUUAGAAUGACGUCACCUGGCCACGAGACCACUGUCGUGUAUUAUAAUCAUGAGUAAAGACAUUGUUGAUUUUCCACUCAGGCUAAAUAAGUUUAUUUACCUCUGUAUUUACUGUACGCUCCAAAUGUCUCUUAUCGUGACUCGUGAUUUACUGUUCUAUCGAAAUGUCUCUUAUCGUGACUCGUGAUUUACUGUACUAUCGAAAUGUCUCUUAUCAUGACUCGUGAUUUACUGUACUAUCGAAAUGUCUCUUAUCAUGACUCGUGAUUUACUGUACUAUCGAAUGUCUCUUAUCGUGACUCGUGAUUUACUGUACUAUCGAAAUGUCUCUUAUCGUGACUCGUGAUUUACUGUACUAUCAAAAUGUCUCUUAUCGUGACUCCUGAUUUACUGCACUAUCCAAAUGUCGUGACUCGUGAUUUACUGCACUAUCCAAAUGUCGUGACUCGUGAUUUACUAUACUAUCGAAAUGUCUCUUAUCGUGACCCUUGAUUUACUGUACUAUCCAAAUGUCUCUUAGCGUGACUUAAGCUCUACUGUACUAUCAACACAUCUGUUUCAUUGACCAUUUCACAGCGGAGGUCCACAAGUGUGACAAGUAUUACCGUUACUUUGCCGACUGUAGAACUAAUCUGAUAUGGAACACGCAAGAAUGCAAGGGAACAGUAAGGUCACUCAAUGAAACUCUUCUUCAUACCUUGCAAGAAAUGAGGUGGGGGAGGGGGGCCAGAAGGGGGUGGGACUGUUCCGCUUGAUUUGUUUUUUGUUUUUGUUUUUUUUUUUUAAGGGCGUAUUGUAAAACUGUUUGAGAUCUGUUAAUCAGACUUUUAAAUUAAAAAAAAAAAAUCAAUUCUGAAAUUAAACCAUAUUUUACUGUAUAAAAAAAAGAAAAGAAAUUUGAAUCGAUGAUUGCAAUUAAGCAAAAGAGCGAAUAACAAGUUUUGGUUGUUUUUUUUUGUUGUUUGUUUGUUCAGGUGACGCUGAAGAUGGAAUACGUCUCAAAAUACCAACACUCGAUAAUGAGGCUGAUGAAAGAUUUGCGUGGAAAAAACGACUCUUGGUUUAUUAUUGGACUGGGCAGUCAUUACUUCUUUGACUUUGAGCAAGUCCGUGACAAUGUGAGUCUACUGUUAGUAGAAGAAGUCUGUGACAGUGCGGUUACAGAUUUAGUCUGUGACAUUCUGAUAUCAGAGUUAGUCUGUGACAGUGGGGUUAACGAGUUAGUUUGUGACAGUGCGAUUACAGAUUUAGUCUGUGACAUUGUGAUAUCAGAGUAAGUCUGUGACAGUGGGGUUAACGAGAUAGUCUGUGUGACAUUGUGACAUCAAAGUUUGUCCGUUACAUUGUAAUAUCAGGGUUAGUCUCUGACAGUGUGAUUACAGAGUUAGUUUGUGACAGGGGGGGGCAGGAGGGGGGGUUACGGAGUUAGUCUGUGUGACAUUGUGAAUGCAGAGUUAGUCUGUGACAGUGAGAUUUAAGUUUUGCAGUUUGAAGUGAGAUUUUUUUUUUUCAUUUUAAGAUUCAGCUCAGCAUGUAGAAAAGACAAUGAAUCUAAGACAUGUUGUUUUUAAAACCCUGUUUAGUGGCGAACGCGCAUUUUAAGAUGAACUGAAAAUGGAAAAAGACAAAGUUAACAAUUAAAAUAGUUGGGUUUCAAUAUUAGGAAAUGGGGAUUGAAAUCGAGAUUGGGAAUAAGGAUUGGGGAUGGGAAUGGUGAUUGGGAAUGGGGAUUGUAAAUGUGACUUUACAAAUUGGGAUUGGGAAUUGGAAUUGGGAAUUCGGAUUGUGCAUUAUGAUUUGGAAUUGGGAUUAGGAAUGAGGAUGGAAUAGGGAUUUGAAUUGGGGAUUGGGAAUGCGAUUGUGGUUUGUGAAUGGGGAAUGAGGAUUGUUGAUUGGGCACAGGGAUUUGAAAUGGAGCUUAUAGAUCAAUAUUGUAAAUUGUCCAUAUUAUUAAAAAAAAGUCUAAGAUUCUCACACAUUAAUUUGCCACUUGCUCAUUUCAUUAGGUACUUUAAAAUCAUGGAGAUCGAAAGAGAAAUAAAAAUGUGGAUUUUUCAGGCGUGUUAGCGAAUUUAUAGGAGAAAAAAACCCUCAUGCGCCUUAACUGGUUCCGCACAUGAUGUUCCCCUGUGUUGUCCAGAUGCGUGGAGAGACUUGAUUUGCCCCUGUCUGGGGAACCAGCUCAUUCUCCUUAAAGAAAAAAAUCAAAUCCCAGACCCUUUGAUUUCGUCCUGCGAGGUCCACACCAUCGUCACAUUGUGAUGUUGUUAGAGAUGAUCUCUACGCUGUGGCACAAUUUUGGAUUCACUCAGGUUUUCAUCUGACACCCUCUAAGUGAAUGGUUCUUAACCUUUUUUCUAGCAGCGCCACAUCCCUCCUUAAUUUCAAAACACUUCCUGCAGCCCUUGCGUUUUAAAAUGCUAACAAAAAUGCUAGUAAACCUGCUUUUCUGGGUAUUCCCCUACACCCCAGGUUGAUGCUAGCACCCCUGGUGAGGUACCGGUACCUCUAAUUAAAGUAGACAUAUUACUCACAUUAGAUAACAUUCUGAAUAUUGUCCCAAAUUGCUAGUAAUAUUCCAUCUGGGAUGCCUUACAUCGUAAACGGCCAAAGUCUUAGAGAAGACAACUUCACACAUUUCUUGAACAAACAGUUAAAGAAAGAAAUGGCAUUCACGUUAAACGCCAUAGUUCUAUAUAAUAGUGUAAAACAAUGUUUACUGCAAACUAGGAUUAUAGAACAUUCCAGUUCAUUCCACGAUAGCUGCGACAAGAGAUAUCAUUAGUCGCUUGUAAAUCUCAAGCCGAUGUUUGGCCGUCAAAGGUCAAUGCGUAGUAGAAACAAAUGUAAUAGGCCGUUCCACGUCAAACUAUACAGAUCUGCGCCAAUACAUUUAAGAAUAGAGGCAUUACAGAGAUAUUUGCCAAUACAUUUAAAAAUAGAGAAAAUAUAGCGAUAUUUGCCAUUACAUUUAAGAAUAUAGACUGUAUAGAGAUAUUUGCCAAUCCAUUUAAGAAUAGAGAAAUGAUAGAGAUAUUGUCCAAUCUAUUUAAGAAUAGAGAAAUGAUAGAGAUAUCGUCCAAUACAUUUAAGAAUAGAGAAAUUAUAGAAAUAUUUGCCGAUACAUUUAAGAAUAGAGAAAUUAUAGAGAUAUUUGUCGAUACACUUAAGAACAGUGACAUUUUAGAGAUAUUUGCCGAUUCAUUUAAAAAUAGAGACGUUAUAGAGAUAUUUGCCGAUACAUUUAAGAAUAGAGAUUUUAUAGAGAUAUUUGCCGAUACGUUUAAGAAUAGAGACGUUAUAGAGAUAUUUCCCGAUACAUUUAAGAAUAGAGACGUUAUAGAGGUAUUUGCCGAUACAUUUAAGAAUAGAGACGUUAUAGAGAUAUUUGCCGAUAAAUUUAAGAAUAGAGACGUUAUAGAGAUAUUUGCCGAUACAUUUAAGAAUAGAGACGUUAUAGAUAUAUUUGCCGAUACAUUUUAGAAUAGAGACAUUAUAGAGAUAUUUGCCGAUACAUUUAAGAAUAGAGACGUUAUAGAGAUAUUUGCCGAUACAUUUAAGAAUAGCCCUGAUUGCUGAAAUUUAGAAAACAAAAGUUUCAAUUAAAUUGUCAAAUUUCUUUUGUUGUUUUUGCAGAUCCUCAAUCGAAUGUUAAACCGUCUGUCGCCGUGGCCCAGGGUGAUAUGGAUGGCAGCACAGGCCCCGGGGACACUGAAAACUCCACUGGAAAAAAGGCAGCAGACACCGGCCCUGCUUUCGUUCAAUGAGAAGGUCAAGGCAGUACUGGAAGGAAGGGGCGUCGCCAUUUUGAACUAUUUCCAACUGACCAACGGAACCGUCAGUUAUGACGGCACUCACUACGGAAAGGGAGUUAAUGACGCCAAACUUCAAGUUCUACUUAAUUUUUUGAAAGGGGAGACAAUUUAGUUAUUGACUCGAUGAAAAACAAACUUUGAAAUGUGCAAUUUAUCACAACCAAUCAAGACAAGACGAAAGAACACUUUUUUUAAAAAAAAUGUUCUACCUAGAAGAAUACAUUCAAAUAUUUAAAAGAAAUCACAAGCAAAAAACUCUUACUUAAACGCAAUCAGAGAGUGAGAGAGCGUGAGGGAGAGUGUGAACAAGGAGCAGAAAAAAUGAAAGAGAUGUAGAGAGUAUAUGUACGUGGUAAGAAAGUAAUCACAUUUUUGUAAUGCAUGGACACUUGAGACAAAAUACUUUCUUCACAUACAUUCUAGGUUUGUAUAGUUUGUAGAUAUUUUUCUUUAAAAAGUUAUUUCUGUCUAGACCUGCGGUUCUCAAUCUGUAGGUCGCACGACCCUUUCACAGGGGUCGCCUAAGACCAACAGAAAACACAACUACUCUAUAACUAUAGUAUCAACGAAAAUAAUUUUGUGUUUGGGGUCUCCACAACAUGAGGAACUGUGUUAAAGGGUUGCGGCAUUAGAAAGUUUAAGAACCACUGAUCUAGACAGACGUGUUUGCACGCAUGCUAGCGAGCAGACUUCCUACACCAAUAAUAUCCAGUGAACUAUCCAGAGGGAAACGUUCGGUUGAUGUGCAGCACACAAAAAAAAAUCUUUCAAAGAUUGCCUGAAGUUUCUCUAAAAUCUAUGAACAUCGACCUGAAGUCAUGGGAAAUAACUGCUUUGGUUCUCAUGAGUCAUAGGCUGGCGAGGCAGAAUCGCUGUCGGAGAACACGCUUCCGCUAUAAUGUGUAUUUGUGAGCGGGAUUGCUUGUGUACGGAAUCGUUGUUGAUCGUAAGUUGGUAAAGAGUUGUGUGAGGCUGAGUUGCGAUUGGUACGGGUUAUGGACGUUAAGAAAAAGCAACCAAUCACAAAAGAAGUGAGACGUUGAAAUACUGUGGGAACACGGAAUGCGAGUCUGUUGUGGAGUUAGUACAUGUAGUCAGAAUUUUCAGUUGUCGCUUGAAUGGUCAAUAUGUUAAGUUUCAUUGGAUAUAUGUAUACUAUGUACUUCGUGAAUAAAGGAGAAGAAAAUC